AUGACCAGAACAAUUUACCAUUUGCAGGACGCGUCUAUGACCUUCACGAUCAAAGCCGUUAAAAUCUCGACGUCGGACAGGACUCGUGCUAUCAAUGUAGCUACUGUUGCAGCGAAACCACCGACGCAACACGACGUUAAUCGCAUGCCCCUGGUGGAGCACUGUUUCGAGCGCUGGCCGAUUCCACAACCGUAUGUUCACGACUGCGAAGUCGUGUACAAAGACACACGAUUUCGAGUCUUCUUUCAGAGGCACAAACGACUCCCGCGUAAUGGUUGCCUAUCCAUUCAAGGCAACAUCAUCGUUAUGCGGCUCGGAAUUCGGAACCCCUCCAACGUGGUUAAUCUGAGAAAAGGGGACCACAGGAAAGCUCGCAUCGUCGCUAUAAAGUUCGAGUUUUGCUUCUCAGCACUAUACCGUCAUUCACAGUCUUUCAAAUUAGGUUUGCGCCUCAUCUUGCCUGGUUCCAAGCCCGUCGUGGACGCCAACUAA